AAUUGACACAGCUGUAUGUGCAUAGCUUAAAGUCUGAGCCAAUGAGCAUCGAGCGUUAAAAAAUGCUCAAUGUUCAUUGGUUCAGACGGUCUGCUAUGCAUAUAUAAUUAUAUCAGCAUGAAAAGUGUCUUUAUGCGUACUCUGAUAUGGACUUGACAGUUUUUAAGCGCAUGCGCACUGACAGUUUUGCGCAAAUCUCAAUUCUUUCUAUCAUUUCCUACGUUAUGGGCGUCGUCAAAUAAAAUAAUAAUAAUAAAACCGAGAAGCUCAAGAUUUGAAGAACGCAUAAGGAAAAAGAGAGAGGGGAAAGGAAUAUUAAUUUUUCAAAAAUAAAAGACGAAUGAGAGAAAUUCCGUUUUUAAUUUCCCUCUCGUUUUAAUUCAUCGCCGAAACGUCACGAGCACGAAUUUACAUAACUCUCGAAACCAUGGCGUAGAAAUCCAUCCGUACGACAAGCACGUGCUCGAAGCCUAUUCCAUCCAAUGCGAACGCGGCUAAACGAGCUCGCGUUGAAGAUCGGAGCUGAUCGGAGUCGAUCGGUCUCCAUCGGUUACCCGAGGAUCGUCGGCGAGGUUCCGGUUACGCGAAUACAACGCCAGGGCGAGGACGGUACCAUGAUCCCCAUCUCCAUCGCCUCACCUGACACGAUGAAAGUACGCGGUGUCGUAGAGUGAGCGGAGGGAGAGGGGGAAUUAUGGUCCGCGAAAAAGGCAAGGAGAAAGAAAGGAGAAAACAAGAGAAGGCGGGAGAGGGGGACAGAGAGAUAGAGCGAGAAAGGGAGAGAGAGAGAAAAAUCGUCCGUCUUCGGCGAGCAGUCAUGGCUGAAUCAUCGUGAGCGACUCCCGGUGGAAGGAAACCGAUAACGCGCGAAUGACACCGCGCGCGUGACUCACCAAGAGUGACAGCUCGAAGGAAGACGAACAGGAGGAAGGAAGGAAAAGGGAGAAUCGCGCCGCGCGGGGAAAAACAGUGACAUCCCCCUCGCCUAACCCCCACCCUCCCCGCCCGCUCCCACGAACGACAAUCCGAGAAUCCGAGCGUGUGCGGUGCGCGUCGAUCCCCGAUCGCUCGAUGCCGCGGCUCUGCCAGGUGGAGACGUGAUACACGGUGGUCUCUCUCUCUCUCUCGGUGGUGCGCGCCAGGUGAUAUCCAGGUGAGCCCUGCACGAUGAACGGGUUAAGUCUCAGUGAACUGUGCUGCCUGUUCUGCUGCCCGCCCUGCCCGUCCAGAAUCGCUGACAAGCUGGCGUUCCUGCCGCCCGAGCCGACGUACACGUUCGUCGAGGACGAGGGCGCCAAGUUCACCAUAUCCCUGUCGGAGCGCGCCGAGUGGCAGUACACGGAGCGCGAGAAGGAGUCGGUCGAGGGCUUCUACGCGAGGACGUCGCGGGGGAAUCGCAUAGCAUGCCUGUUCGUCCGUUGCUCGGCGACCGCGCGCUUCACGAUCCUCUUCUCCCACGGCAACGCCGUCGAUCUCGGCCAGAUGUCGAGCUUCUACCUCGGGCUCGGCUCGCGGAUCAACUGUAACAUAUUCAGCUACGAUUACUCGGGCUACGGGGUCUCGGGCGGGAAGCCGUCCGAGAAGAACCUCUACGCGGACAUCGACGCCGCGUGGCACGCGCUGCGCACCCGAUACGGCAUCAGUCCGGAGAACAUUAUACUCUACGGGCAGAGCAUCGGCACCGUGCCCACGGUCGACCUCGCGGCGAGAUACGAGGUCGGUGCGGUCGUCCUGCACUCGCCGCUCAUGUCCGGGAUGAGGGUGGCCUUCCCCAAGACCAAGAGGACCUGGUUCUUCGACGCUUUCACGAGCAUAGAUAAAGUGCCGAAGGUAACAUCUCCUGUUCUGGUCAUUCAUGGUACCGAAGAUGAAGUCAUAAAUUUUAGUCAUGGUCUGGCGAUUUAUGAGAGAUGUCCACGAGCAGUAGAACCACUAUGGGUUGAGGGUGCUGGCCAUAAUGAUGUAGAAUUGUACAAUCAAUAUCUCGAACGACUGAAGCAGUUUGUAAGCGUGGAAUUGGUAAACUGACGGCGACUCAGCCUCUCCCAGAAUCAGGGGGGGCAGGGUGGAGGCCAUAUGCAUGCGAGCAGCCAUGGACAUACCGUUUCCAACAACUCCAAUACCAUCAGUUCCAUUUCGACGAGUUCUCCAACGGAGAAACUUGUCUAGCA